CAUUGGGGCGAAGCGGAAGGGAAAGUCGUCUCCGCUGAAGCUGUGUUGUGCUCGUGCCUGCCUGCCUGUCUGUCUGCUGCGGACGACAUCGAUUCAGGGGGAAAUCUCGCAUUGUUUGCAGUGUUUACAUCUGACCCCCGAGUUAGAAAUAUCAAAGGACUGCCGAAACAUCAGGGGGAAUGGAGUCUCACAGCAGAGACGAACUAAAGGGACCGGUGCUGCAUAUAGUGGUGGUUGGAUUUCACCACAAAAAGGGCUGUCAGGUUGAAUUCUCCUACCCGCCGUUGAUGCCAGACGAGGGGCAUGACAGUAACCUGCUGCCAGAGGAGUGGAAGUACCUCCCUUUCCUCGCUCUUCCGGACGGAGCGCACAACUACCAAGAAGACACUGUGUAUUUUCACCUGCCGCCACUGAGUGGAGACAUGAAGUGUGUCUACGGAGUUUCCUGUUAUCGCCAAAUAGAAGCAAAGGCUCUAAAGGUCCGACAGGCUGAUGUUACCAGGGAAACUGUUCAGAAAAGCGUCUGCGUCCUCAGUCGAGUGCCUCUCUAUGGUCUGCUUCAAGCAAAACUACAGCUGAUCACGCACGCCUACUUUGAGGAGAAGGACUUCUCUCAGAUCUCUAUUUUAAAGGAACUGUACGACCACAUGAACGGAUCUCUGAGGGGUUCGUCUCUUGAGGGAUCGCAGGUUUAUCUUGGGUUGUCGCCAAGAGAUUUAAUACUGCACUUUCGACACAAGGUUCUCAUUCUCUUCAAGCUUAUUCUGCUGGAGAAGAAGGUGCUGUUCUAUGUGUCACCUGUAAACAGACUGGUGGGAGCUCUGAUGACAGUGUUAUCACUGUUUCCAGGUAUGAUGGAGCAUGGCCUGGUGGACUCAUCCCAUUACAGGCCCAAGAGCAGCGUGUCGGAGGAUGUGAGUCUUGUGGAGAGUGUUUCGGGAGCCGAGGAGUUCGUCUCUGUGUCCGUCACCGACAUUGCCAACACCACGCUGGAACCGGAGGGGGAGGAGACCACCCAGCCUGCUGCAGAUUCACUGUCCUCUGGGAACAGCACGGAGGGGGACAACCACCUCCUCAAACCCCCGUCACGCACCUCCCCAGAGUCCUCCGAAAGUGACUGGGAGACUCUGGACCCCAGUGUGUUAGAAGAAAGUUGUCCUAAAGAGGUGGCAGAGGUGAAAGACAUGGGUUCAGACCUACCGGAUGCCUUCGACUCCAAACCGGGCACACCAAUCACUGUGCAGCCACAAGCCGCCAGUGGACAGGGAGGGGUCGUCCAGGGUCUGGUGUCUGGUCUGGAGGAGGAUCAGUAUGGCCUGCCGCUCCCCAUCUUCACAAAGGGUUACCUGUGUCUGCCCUACAUGGCCCUGCAGCAGCAUCACCUUCUGUCAGACGUGACUGUGCGUGGCUUCGUUGCAGGGGCGACGAACAUCCUCUUCCGCCAGCAGAGGCACCUCAGUGAUGCAAUUGUUGACGUGGAAGAAGCUGUAAUCCAGAUCCAGGACCCAGAGCUCCGGAAGAUCCUGAGCCUGACGACGGCAGACCUGCGUUUCGCAGACUACCUGGUCAAACACGUGACAGAGAACCGUGAUGAUGUUUUCCUGGACGGGACGGGCUGGGAGGGUGGAGAUGAGUGGAUCAGAGCCCAGUUCACCCUCUACCUCCACUCCUUACUGUCUUCUGCAUUACAGCAAGAUAACGAGAGGCUGCUGGCUGAUUACGGCGUGCCGUUCAUCUCAGCCUGGAAGAUCACCCACAACUACCGGGUGUGGUACAGCAACAAGCACCCUGCCAUGGCCGCCAUCACCCCAGGUCACCCGUUCCAGGGCCAGUACAGUGUUGCUGAUGUGAAAUUACGACUCUCACACUCGGUGCAGAACAGCGAGAGAGGGAAGAAGAUUGGAAACGCCAUGAUCACCACCAGUCGCAGUGUGGUCCAGACUGGGAAGGUUGUAGGUCAGUCAGUGGGCGGAGCAUUGACCAGCGCCAAGUCAGCCAUGUCCUCCUGGUUCUCCACAUUGGCACAGCCUGCAGCUGUAAGCACACCAGCCAGAUCAGAGCCUGCCACAGAGGUCAAACCCUGAAACCAAACCCAGCAGUCCUUUGUCUCUGACUGUCUCCUCAUCCUCUGAUCUUCUGGCUACUGUGAAGCCUGAUGAUCAGUGGAGUGAGAGCUGCUUUUACGCAGGAUGUGAGCAGAAAACAGGUCAUCCUCAGAAUCAAGGAGUUUGAAGUCUGAACUAUAAAACCUGGAAUGCCACUCUGGACAGCAAGGCAGUGCUACUGUCAUACUAACUGUACAGCCCAUAUCCACUGUGAGGCAGAGACUGCCAGUGCUAUUGAUCAAAACCUAGAAAUUUCAGCGGACGGCAUCCUGUCUGACCAUCUGCUUGUCAUUGCUGCAAUUUGUAUUGCUGGAUGCUUUUACUGUGAGACACUAAAGAUGUUGUUUUUGGAUUUGAGGUGUUCACUCUUUGCUGCGUAUUUCUAGAGUUUGUCUAUAUAGCUGACUAUUCUGCUGAGAAAAAAAUAACUCUGUCACAGGACUUGAAAGAACAGCAUGAGCUGUGGAAUCUUGAACAUGUCAGCAUUUUAGAUUUUACAUUCAGUCUGGCUCAUAUUCAGUGAUGUGUCUCCACUGACAUUGUGUCAUGGUAAUAGCUUGAAUUCCUCUGUGAGCUGUAAUUGUGUAGAAAUAAGUCUUGGCUGUAACUAACCAUCACUUUCAUUACUGAUUAAUUAAUCAUUUUCAUUUUUUUUUAAAUUAGUCUAAAACAUGUCAGAAAAUAGUUAAAAAUGCCCCUCUCAAUUCCCCAUCAAAGGAAUCCCCAAAACUGACAAAAUGCAGUGAAAGGUUAUCAGACACAUCAAAUAUAUGAUAGAAUAUAUCAAUAAAAAUACUGUUUGCUAAAUAAUUUCAAUGGGAUAUUAACAAUGAUAUAAAGCUUCAUGACUUUUCUUUAACCAAUCAUUUCAUUAAGAAUAAAGCAAAAGCUUUUUUUGAAUCUUGCAACUCUUCUUUUUUUUGGUCUGAUAAACUUAUUACAUUUUGUCAGUUUCAGGACUCCAUAGACAUCAGAUUAUGAGUUUUUUGAGGCCAAGAGUGCAAACCCCCAAGAUAUUACAUUUAGACUGGCAAUAGACAGUUUUUUGUUUUUGCUUUUAUGUAUUAUUAUGAAGCAACAGUAACGGCACAAUGUAAUGGCUAUAGAAAAAUGACAGCAUCUGCUUUUACAUUGGCUACCUAUAAACCUCAAUUUCACUAUGCAAUUCUGUCUGCCACCAGACCUAAAACCUCCCAGGAGCCUGGAUCACCAGUCAGGCUCCAUUAUAGACUGAAUGAAUAAAGUCUCACUUUUGUCAUGGCCUUGUUGGUAGCCGCUGCUCUGAGGAAAACGGAAGGCGAUCCAGAUGUCUUUUUUGACAGCGGCGCCAAUAAUACCAGUUGGAAACACAUUCAUCUUGAUAAAUGACCCGACUGAAUAAUCUACAGUUGAUUAUUUGACUAAUUACAGUUCUAGACUACAACAUAAUUACAACAUUUGAAUGCUGUGAUUACAAUGACCACAAUGUACUUAAAUCCCUGUGUUCCUAAAUCUGAUUUCGUGAUGAAAACUUUCCUUAACUAUGAAGAAACCUGCACGCAGCUGUGUGUUUGACAGGGUGUUAUUAACCCCAACCCAGGCCUUUUUGUACUUUGCUGUCAAUAUAUAUAUAUAUAUAUAUUUGGAGAACUAUAUUUAGCAAAAUCAAGGAUAUAUUGAAGUCCUGUAUCUUAUUUAUUUGUUGUGUAUAAACUUGUAAUCCGAGAUAUCCAUGUUUUGUCAUGACAACACUGGAACGAGUCCUGAUCUGGACUUGUGGACCACUGUGUGUACUUACACAAAGCAUCCAUUAUAUUCUAUUUAUGUGACUCUUAAUCUUGUAUAACUGUAAUUUUGAGGUGCUUACAGGAUCUUUCCCUUCCUUUCUACAAACACAGGUAUUUGACAACAGUUGGAUUAAAAGUGGUCCAGUUAGCAUGCUCUGUCCAGUCCAGUCUUUGUAACGAGUGUCAUCCUUCUGUCUUUAAAACUAAGUCUGUUGUUUGAUUCAACCCUUCUUUGGCCAUUGACUCAUUUCUGGAAUUUUCUUUUGAUUUCUGGAGCAAGUUGAAGAAAAUAUCGGCUGUUAAAAGCUGCUUAUUGUGUUCGUUUUUUUUAUCCUUUGAUAUAUUUUAAUUUUGUAUUUAAAAGAUAUGAAUGUAUUGUAAACUAAAAUUCACAGAAUAUUUUCUUGACAGAUGCUUUUAAUGUAUUUGAGAGGUGAUACUAUACUAUAUUGCUGUAUUAAAAAAAAGUUGAAAAUACACAGAAGUCUUUUAUUU